AUGAAGAUCGUCGAAUUCCGCUUGGUCCUUCCUUUAACUCCUGAGGAGUACCGCCGCUGCCAGAUUUUUCUCGUAGCUCUGGCUGCCUUAGAAACGGCGGAAGCCCAAAAGGCGACAGAGGGGCCCCCUAAGGCUCCAAUGAUUCAAAUUCUCGCCUCGGAGGACUAUUCCGCAAAUGGCGAGCAAGGCCAAUACACGCACAAGCGCAUUGAUCUCGUAGAAAAACUGCCUGGCUGGAUUUUGAAGUUUGUUGAUCCCCGCAGCUGCGCCUUUGAAGAAAAAUCCUGGAAUGCGUUUCCUCGUCUCCGCACUCAAUACGAAUCGGCGAAGUUCUCAAAGGCGAAAGUCUCUAUCACAAGCAACCACGUCUCAGGUGUCUGCACGGAUGACAACGCGACGGAUCUGCCUCCAGAAAAGCUUCGGCAGCGGAAAAUUGAUCUAAUCGACAUUGUGAACGAUGGAUCCGCUGGAGGUGUCGACGAUCUGCGCAACUGGAAGUCGGAGAAGGCCAACUUUGGGCCCCUUUUAUCCGAUUGGAUCAAAAACGUCCCUUUAGUGCCUUCUACACCCCAGAGGGCCCCCCGGAGGAGGCUUCGGGGAGGAGCUGUUCUUAGGAAACGUUCCUCCAGCACUUUGCGCGAAGCCUUUGCCUCCCACCCUCCUGAGGAUAGACGUGGAAGUGAGGCUGGAGAGGUGUCUCUCGGAGGAUGCCCUGAGGCUGCUUUUGGAGGCUCCCCAGACGCGCUGGCUGCUCCUAAGCCUCCCGACGGCGAUGAUAAAAGACCCUCUGAUCAAGGGGCCCCCUCGUCUUCGGGGCCUCCCCAGGAAACCUCAGCCACGCUAGUACCAGCAUACCCUCUGAUGACUUGCUACAAGUGCUUCGAGAUCGACUUCCCUUACUUCGGCAUCCUGUCUGGGCGUAUCGAAGCCUGGGUAGUCUCAUCUAUGCGAGAACAACUGAUGCACUACCACAGGAGAGCCAUUGCUUCCAUUGAUAGAUGGUAUGACCUGUCUCUUGAGGAAGUUCGCCAGUUCGAGGAGGAUGUCAGGCAGCAGCUAGCGGUUCUUGCUGCCCUGUCUCGCACUGCCGAAGAGGCCCCCAGAGAAGGAGUAUCGGAGAGGCCUUUAGAAAGGGGGGAGGAGGCUGAGGGGGAGCCUCUGAUGGAAGCGGAAGAGACAACGACGGAAGGCACGGUCGAGUAUUCAGACUCAGACAUUGACAAAGCAUCCGGAGAGGGGGGCCCUAGGAGGAGGCAUGAAGGCAGCGCACAGCAACGGCGUGAGAGGCCUCCAAAGGAGCUCUUGAAUAAUGCCGUGGAAGACUGGAGGCUGUACAGCGGCGCUCGUCUCCUGCCGCUACAGCUGUCUCCUCAGAGUGUGUCUCUGCUGCAGCGGCUCCAACAGGGUAUUCAAGACGAUCAGCGGCGGCUGUGGGGCCCCUCCGCCUCCCUGCAACAAGAGCAGCAGCAGCAGCGAGAAGCAGAGGGGGCUUCCUCAAGGCUUCACAGCCUCCCAGAGGCCCCUGCUGACGGCCUAGGCUCUAGUAAUCGUCGAGACGGGCAACUGCGUCACGGAUAUCUGGAAAAGCUUGGCGAUGGCCUUUGGAGCAGCCGCUGGAAUCCGCGAUACUUUUUGCUGCGGGGCAGCUGCUUGCAGUAUUUUGACGAUCCUAGGGAUGCCAGAGCGAAGCAGGCUAUUCAACUCACUGGUGCCAAGGUGGGAUGGGCUACAGACGUUACUGAGAGACCCUUUGCUUUUUACGUGGAAAUCCCCAACAAGAGGCGGCUGGUUCUUAGCGGAAGGCAUGAGGAGAUCUCUCUAGCCUGGCUCCUUGAGAUUCAGCGUGCUGCAGCAGGUACGGGAGCGGUUAGUGGUAGAAGAAGCCGGGCCCCCCUAGGCCCCCCUGGACCCGCCCAUCACCCGCCAGAAAUGCGCAUGUUUCGCGCGGAUGGAGAAGAUCGCUCACACGAUGGUUCCUUCAGGGAACCUGAGAGCGCCUCACAGGCACUGCAGAGGGAGAUCCCCUCCUUACCCGACUCUGAAGCUUCGCGGACUAACGCUGGCGCUGCUCUAGAAGCCUCGCAUCCCCACAGCACCCGUCAUUCUGUUCGCGCUCGCAUACAGCAGGCAGCCUUCGGGAGCUCCCGCUCAGACGCCUCGGCUUCCCCUGUCGACGUUGCUGCUGCUUUUGUUCGUGCAGCACACCAAGAGGCUGCGAAGUUUCAAGACAGCCUGUCGCUCGUGAAGGGGCCUUUAAAAGAAGUACUCCGCGCACUCACGCAGCGUUGCCCUCGAAAACGGUGCUUCGUGGCAGGAGACGGUGUUGGAGGAUUUGCGCAUAUGGCGUUUUUGGAGCCUUACAUUCACGUCGAGGGGCCACUUGGGCGUUCGCGUAGCCUGCAGGCUGGGAGGGCUUCUCCUGACGCCGUCCUCGGGGAGCCAGAAGGAAGCAGAGCUGCGCCUUCGCUUGCUGCUGAAGCUUUGGCCGUGGGGGCCCUCCUUGUUUGCCUCUUUCUUCUGAUGCUCGCAGCGACUGCGGCUGCUGCCUGUUGCUGUAGCAGCCUUUUGUCGCUCGUUUUUCUCGUGGCUGCGGGGUCUUUGGUGCCUCUCCGGCUUGUUUGCUCCUUGAGCCGUUUCCUCGCCGUGUUAGGAGGAGGGGAGGACCUCGUGGAGUCUCCCCGGGAAGUGUCUUCGUGGCGUCCUCCGUGGUAUUCUGAGCUUCUUCUGGCGCUCCUAGAAGGCGUUCGAGGAGUAGCAGCAGCGGCUGCAACGUUGCUGCUGCUGCUUGCAUCCUUCUGGAUCAUACGUCGAAUGGUCGUCCGAGAUAGGCACGCUUCGGAAAAGAAGUCUCCGGAGGGCCCACCUGCCCUGAAGGCUGCUUGUCUGGCGAAAGGAUCUCCCGGCUCUCUCCUGCUCUCUGCCAUCCCGUCGGAUGCAGUUCAGGGGGGGCCCCCCGAUCCUUCCCUUUUAGCGGUGGGGGGCCCUUUCCUCAUGGAAUGCACGACCAAGUUGUGGCCCGUCGAGCUUCUCCUUAGCGAGCCUCAGGCAAUACCGCUGCUGUGCUAUGGGGCCCUCCGUCGCUGUGCUCCCCGUCUCCUCGCUGUUGGGGCCCAGGUAUGGGGGUGGGCCUGCACAGCACUCCAGUUUGUACUUGAGAUGUUUGGGGAGCCGUCUCCGUGGGAAGCCUCCACCGAUGCGGUGGGCGGUUACGAGGCUUUUCUCUUCACCCCUGUGCCGCUGUCUCCCGGCUCCAGCUUCGAGGGGGCCCCCAGCAGCAGCGACGACUUAGGCCCUUUUGCAGGCGGAUUGGACGCAGGAUGUCUCGAGGAGCUUUCAGCAGAUCCCCCUGUGUGGCCAACUCAGGUAGAGAGGGGGCCCUGCUUGGUGACAUGGAUAGGGGCCCUUCGAUGGGGGCCCCCCGGCACUCCGGUGUGGCUGGAGGCCCUCCUGACCAUCAGGAGAGCGGAAACCAUUCUUGGCACUCUUCUCUCUCAAAACGACGCCCUUAGGGGCCUCCACGCGGGAGUACCCAGUCCGGAGGCUGGCACCAGGAGACCCCAAACG